AAGAGCAAACUUUUCCCGUCCCGAGGCUGGAAAAUGGCGGCUUAGGAGCGGAGUGCCCGCAUCCCAUCCCGGCUCGGCGCCUCCCCAGCGCCAUGACUCGCUGGGUGCCCACCAAGCGGGAGGAGAAAUACGGCGUGGCUUUCUAUAAUUAUGAUGCAAGGGGUGGCGAUGAACUUUCCUUACAAAUAGGUGACACCGUGCAUAUAUUAGAAACAUAUGAAGGCUGGUACAGAGGUUAUACAUUAAGAAAAAAAUCUAAAAAGGGCAUAUUUCCUGCUUCCUAUAUACAGCUUAAAGAAGCAAUAGUUGAAGGGAAAGGACAGCAUGAAACAGUCAUACCCAGUGAGCUCCCACUGAUUCAGGAAGUUACCACAACACUACGAGAAUGGUCCAGAAUAUGGCGGCAGCUAUAUGUUCAAGAUAACAGAGACAUGUUCCACAGUGUACGGCACAUGAUAUAUGAUCUUAUUGAAUGGAGAUCACAGAUACUUUCUGGAACUCUACCUCAAGAUGAGCUCAAGGAAUUGAAGAAAAAAGUGACUGCCAAAAUAGAUUAUGGAAACAGGAUUCUUGAUUUGGAUCUGGUUGUAAGGGAUGAAGAUGGCAACAUUUUAGAUCCAGAACAGACUAGCACAAUCAGCCUUUUUAGAGCUCAUGAAAUAGCUUCCAAGCAAGUUGAGGAAAGGCUACUAGAGGAAAAGUCUCAAAAGCAGAACAUUGAUAUUAACAGACAAGCCAAGUUUGCUGCCACAUCUUCAUUUGCUUUAUUUGUAAAUUUAAAAAAUGUAGUCUGCAAAAUAGGAGAAGAUGCUGAAGUCCUUAUGUCUCUGUAUGACCCACUGGAAUCAAAGUUUAUCAGCGAAAACUACCUAGUUCGAUGGUCAAGUUCUGGGCUGCCGAAAGACAUAGACAGGUUACAUAAUCUUCGAGCUGUGUUCACCGACCUUGGCAGCAAAGACCUGAAAAAAGAGAAAAUCAGUUUUGUGUGUCAGAUUGUAAGAGUAGGCAGAAUGGAACUAAGAGACAACAACACAAAAAAACUAACCGCUGGGUUAAGACGACCUUUUGGAGUAGCAGUAAUGGAUGUAACUGACAUAAUCAGUGGAAAAGUUGAUGACGAGGAUAAACAACACUUUAUACCAUUUCAACCGCUAGCAUUGGAUGACGCCAUUCGACACAAGCAGCUGAACAUAUCAUCCCGUUUUUCACCCAGGGUGGCAGGGGAGAAUGAUUUCCUUCAGACUGUUAUAAACAAAGUGAUUGCUGCUAAAGAAGUUAACCACAAGGGUCAGGGUUUAUGGGUGACUCUGAAACUUCUUCCAGGAGAUAUCCAUCAGAUUAGGAAAGAGUUUCCUCACUUGGUUGAUAGGUCCACAGCUGUGGCUCGGAAAAUGGGGUUUCCUGAGAUUAUUAUGCCUGGUGACGUUCGCAAUGACAUCUAUGUAACAUUAGUUCAAGGUGAUUUUGACAAAGGCAGCAAAACAACAGCAAAGAAUGUUGAAGUUACAAUAUCAGUUUAUGAUGAAGAUGGCAAAAGAUUGGAGGGUGUGAUUUUUCCUGGUGCUGGUGAUGAAGCAAUCUCGGAGUACAAGUCAGUGAUAUAUUACCAAGUGAAACAGCCUCGCUGGUUUGAGACUGUCAAGGUGGCAAUUCCUAUUGAAGAUGUGAACCGCAGUCAUUUAAGGUUUACAUUCCGUCACAGAUCAUCACAGGACUCCAAAGAUAAGUCAGAGAAAAUAUUUGCUUUAGCAUUUGUGAAGCUGAUGAGAUACGAUGGAACAACUUUAAGGGAUGGAGAGCAUGAUCUUUUAGUGUACAAGGCUGAAGCAAAGAAGUUGGAGGAUGCCUCAACAUACUUAAGCUUGCCAUCCACGAAAAUAGAAUUGGAGGAAAAGGGGCACCCUACAACUGGGAAGAGCAUGCAAAAUCUUGGAAGCUGUACCAUCAGCAAAGAUUCUUUCCAGAUUUCUACUCUGGUUUGUUCAACAAAACUCACUCAGAAUGUGGAUCUCUUGGGGCUUUUGAAAUGGCGAUCUAACACAAACUUGCUGCAGCAAAAUUUGAGGCAGUUGAUGAAAGUUGAUGGUGGUGAAGUGGUUAAGUUUUUACAAGAUACACUGGAUGCGCUUUUUAACAUAAUGAUGGAGAAUUCAGAGAGUGAGACGUUUGACACACUGGUCUUUGAUGCUUUGGUAUUUAUCAUUGGACUGAUUGCUGACAGAAAAUUUCAGCAUUUUAAUCCUGUCUUGGAAACCUACAUUAAGAAACAUUUCAGUGCUACUUUAGCCUACACCAAGCUGACCAAAGUUUUAAAAACGUAUGUGGAUAAUGCUGAAAAACCUGGCGUAACUGAUCAACUUUUUAAAGCUAUGAAAGCACUGGAAUAUAUCUUCAAAUUUAUAGUGCGUUCCAGAAUAUUGUUCAAUCAACUUUAUGAAAACAAAGGAGAAGCAGACUUCAUGGAAUCAUUGCUGCAGCUCUUUAAGUCUAUCAACGAGAUGAUGAGUAGCGUCUCUGACCAAACUGUGGUAGUGAAGGGGUCUGCACUUAAAUAUUUGCCAACUAUUGUCAAUGAUGUGAAAUUGGUAUUUGAUCCAAAAGAACUUAGCAAGCUGUUCACAGAUUUCAUCCUAAAUGUUCCAAUGGGCCGGCUUACAAUUCAGAAGCUGUACUGUUUGAUCGAAAUCGUUCACAGUGAUCUCUUCACACAGCAUGACUGCAGGGAGAUCUUGCUGCCAAUGAUGACAGAUCAGUUGAAAUAUCAUUUGGAAAGGCAGGAAGACUUGGAGGCUUGCUGCCAGCUGCUUAGUAACAUCCUGGAAGUCCUUUACAGGAAAGAUGUGGGACCAACACAGCGACAUGUCCAGAUAAUCAUGGAAAAGCUACUGAGGACAGUAAACAGAACAGUCAUUUCCAUGGGACGUGAUUCAGAGCUCAUUGGUAAAAGUGAUGGGCAAAAGGUGUAAUAGAGGUGAAAGGCAAUCCUCAUCCUGACCAAGUUUGUUGCUGUGUUGUUGGCAGAGGAGUUGGGGGUUGCCACUUGACUGGGACUAUGGCAGUUUUCAUUUGCCAGGCACUAAAAGGGAUGGGGAAAAGUGCUGAAGUAGCAAAUCCUGUACACAACUGGUUUGAUCAAUAGUAGCAGCAACAUGAUAGUAAAAAGUAACAUUUUAAAAGGGAUUAGUUUUUAGCAAUGUAUUUGUUUUAACUGAAAGCUGCAGAAAUGUCACAUUUUUCCAAAACAGUUUAAGAAUGAUGAAAAUGCCCAGUAUUUUGUACUCUUACUUAUGGGGAGGCCUUCAGAAUCAACUUUAUACUACUUUGAUUUCAACCUUAAAAUUGUUUAUUUGGCUCAUGAAGAAGAGUGGGCCCCAAAAUAUUGAAUAUUGUGAUGGGCCAAUGAUGAGCAUUUUCUAAAGUGUUCCCAGGACAGAAGCCUGUGGUGGAAUUUAAACUUCAUUUUGACAAUUAUAACUGGAUGACUAAUCUUCUUUUUGAGAUUUGUAUUUGUAUGGAAUAACUAUAGGACAGCAAUUUCAAUUUUAUUUUUCCCAUUGUAACUGUAUUUUGUAUUUUACUUUGAAAUUAGGCAGCAACUUAAAUUUAAAGGAAGCAUACCUCAUGAUGAGAGACCAGGAGGGGUUGAGUUGUAACCCUGACUGAAGGGUCAUAGAAUCUAUACUGUGAAGAACCAUAUGAUAUACAGCAAAUCACUUUGUGUCUUGAUUUUUUUGAAAGUAUGUUUAAGGAAGGUAAUAAAAGUGCCAGGUAUUGUCAUAAAUAUUUAAAUUGUAGCUGAGGAAGACUGUUUUACUAGAACAUGAUGUAGUAACUGUAUCCUGCACUAAUACAUGGGGGAGGGGCAGAGCACUUAUAAUCAUGUUAUUGGGGAAUAUACUCAAAGCUGUUACAAAAAUAAAAUGUCUUUUUAGACCCUGCAAUCUAUUAUAAAUCACUCUCUUCUCUGAUUUGCCACUGAACCUCAUCAUCACUACAUAUACUCCCAACCAGCACUGGACUUCUAACCCAUCUCCCUUAUUAACCUGUUCUUUAAUAUUUCUGUGUCCCCAUGCUGCUGGCCCUUGCCACAUGGGAAUAUUUGUAUCAUCCUUUUCCCUAGUUUCUUCAAUCCCUAGCAUAACCCCACCUAAUUAAAUUUUAAAUUAAUCUCUUUUCUAUGUAAUAUCUGGGAUUAGCUGAGGUCACAUGUUAGAUACAAGCAUUAUGCAAAUUCACCCUUGUGGACUAUUGCCUUCAUAACUCCCCAUCACUUAUGACCCCCAAUUGAAUUGUUUCUCAACUGUACAGUGAUUAUUCAGCUCUUUGCAUUGUGGCUAAUAGCCCUUAGUCAGUCAGAGUACCAGGAUUUAUAACUAUAGUUAUCAUGCAAAUUAAAAUCUCUCAACCAAUCAGACUAUAGUGAAUUUCAUAAUUGAGGACUAACCAUAUAUUUAUGGGUCAGUAACUAUAUAGAAACUCUUGGAAUCUGAAUGGCUAAGAUGGUUCCAUUUUCGGUGUAUUAUCAAUACUUAUACAUCUUUAAAUUCUUACUCUGACAUCUGGCAAGGAAAAAGAUAAAACCCUCAAAACAAGAGUGAAAUUGUCAACGUUUAUAUACUGUAUAAUAUUUUCAGUCAGAUGUACUUUAUUCUGAAACAUUCAAUUUUUCCUUUUCUUUGUGUGCAAGAUUCAUACAUAAUAAUGUUGGCUUACAAUAUUAAAGUAUUGUAUGGCUGAGCAAUCACUAUGCAACCCAUCUCCUCCACAACAACCUAGUUUCAGAUCUUAAAUACUAAAUAUUACUAACUAUAUAAUUAGGGAAAAAAAUCUAUGGAAGGAAACAAGCAAUUAAAAAACCAUGCCAUCCCAAAAGGUGGACAUUUUUAUUAGCAUCUGCAGAUGUGUUAAACUUGAAUACCUCUUCUCAGGUCUUAAUCAUUUUGUUUUCCCAUUUUUGUAAACCCAGUUUAUGGCAGUGUUUGUGAGACCUUACUGUAAUGUGUUCUGGUUCUCUGCUGAUUUGAGCUAGAUAAAGAGAAAGGAAGAAAACUUUGAGUCUUGGUAGAAAGGACAAUCAGUUAUAGAUAAGUUCUUGCCCAAGGAAUUAUUCUGAGAUUUAUCUGAUGAUGAUGGUGACUGAUGGCAUCUCUUCCACCAAAGUACAGUAAAACUCCAAUAGUCCAGAAUCCAAUAAUCUGGCA